CCCAAUAAGGUGGAUCACGGAAGGCGUGCACUAUUUACUUGCGCUAGUUUCCUCGAGCCUCAAAUCGCCACCUAUCUCAGUCUUGAUAAUUAUAUCCUCGGAAUAUACUAUCGCACCUACAAAUCAUGCCAGGGGAUGGAAAAUGUAAUUUACUUCUCCAGCAGACCCGCGGCUUAUGUAGAAAUUUGCAAUAUUGAAGGAGGUGGUAUGAAGAGCAUCUUAAUUCUUGCUGCCCUUGUGGCAGUGCUCUAUGCGAAGACGUUCCAGAUGGAGACCAGAUCGUCUGGGUCGCUCCGUGCCAGACUUAUCGCCGCCAAUCUCUACCAGAAAUUCCUCGAGGAAGAGCACCUGCGGCGUGCCCAAAUCCUUGCCAAAGGAUCACAGCCAUUCAUCGAUUACGCUGAUGACUUCUACCUCGGAAAUGUUACACUUGGAACUCCACGUAGGGUUCUUACUUGUACCAACUGA